GCCGCCGCCGCCGCCGCCGUCACCUGGCCCUUGCUCCCUUCCCCUCUCCUCCACAUUUUCACCCGCAUCCCCGCUGGCCGCUGCCCCAUAAUCCCACAACGCCACCAUGCAGAGCGACGAGGUCAUCUGGUCGAUCAUUGACCGUCAGUUUUGCUCGUACAAGGUCAAGCUUGAUACCGGGAAAAAGUUCUGCCGCAACAAGUACAAUGUCACCGGUGAGUGCCGCCGUGACGCCUGCCCCCUGGCCAACAGCCAGUACGCCACUGUGAUCGAGGAGGAGGGCAUUCUGUACCUCUACACCAAGACCAUCGAGCGUAUCCACACCCCGGCCAAGAUGUGGCACCGCCUGAAGCUGUCCAAGAACUACGCCAAGGCCAUGGAGCAGGUCCACACCACGCUGCGCUACUGGCCCUCCUUCCUGCGGAACAAGUGCAAGCAGCGCCUGACCAAGAUGGCGCAGUACCUGGUCCGCGCGCGGAACCUGGCCAAGAAGACCGAGAAGGUCAAGCUCAUCCCCGUCAGCCGGAAGGUCGAGCGUCGGCUGCGCUCGCGCGAGGCCAAGGCCCUCAACGCGGCCAAGCUCGAGAACACCAUCGAGAAGGAGCUGCUCCAGCGUCUGCAGAGCGGAACCUACGGUGACAUCUACAACUUCAACCAGUCGGCCUUCACCUCGGCCCUGGACCAGCAAACGGUCGAGGACGAGAUCGAGGACGAGCUGGAGGAGGAGGAGGCCGAGCUCGAGCUCGAGGAUGACGCCGACUUCGAGGCGGUCUACUCCUCGGACGACGAGGACUACUCCUCCGGCUCGGACGAUGACACUCUCUACGAGCAGGAGGAGGAAGACGAGGAGGAUCUCGAGGGCGAAUGGGUCGAGAAUGGCCCCGACGGCUCGGACGAUGAGGAUGACCUGGAGGAGUUCCCCCUGAACGAUUCGUGGGGCGCGUCCGAUGAUGAGGAGGCCCCCGCGGCCCCGGCCCCCGGCAGCAAGAAGCGCUCGGCCGGCUCGCAGAAGUCCGGCGGCCCCGCCGCCAAGCGUCGCGUGCAUGGCGCCGGUGGCAGCUUCCUCGAGAUCGAGUACGAGAAGGAGGAUGAGACCCCGGCGCAGCUGGCCUCCAACUAGGGGGGCUAUGCGUGCAUGUGUGUAUGGCUGGCAAGCGGCUAGGCUACUCUGCUGCUGCUGUUGCUCGCCCCCCCCCCCCCUUCUGUCUUCCUCUCCCCCUCCCUUGCCCGUCCCUUUACGAGAACAGCACCUGUGGCCACCCUCAGUUUCUGCUGCACCGUUGCGCCCCUCCACCAUUCCCUUGUUCCCUCUCAUCCUUGUGAUGAUGCCCGCCAGCAUGAGCUGUGCGAGCUUCGCACACACCCCCUGUGCACGUCACUCCCGCCAUCAUGCAGCUCCCCCCCCCCCCUGCUCCUCCCUG